UCUGGUCCAGAUCCUCCGCUCCUCCUCAGCUCAACACACACAUCCAUUGUACACAAACGGGCAGGCGGCUCACGCAUACACACGCACUCACACACAUGCAGACGCAUACACGCGCACAGCAUCGAUCGUGGCUCCUUUAAGAAAGCCUAAGCCAGAAUUAUCACCCCACCUCCUCUUGAUCUCCUCUAGACGCUUUUGCAUAAGAAAAUCAAGCCGGGAGCCGAGAGUGAUCAAAGAAAACGAGGGGAGAGCUGCUUCAUUUUUUAACUGUGAUUGUGACCAUUAACAUUUAGGUGGUGCCGAUCCCGUGGAGACGCACGUCGGACCAUCAUUCAUCCGGUACUUUUGACAAGCCCUCGCGUUUUGACUGACAGGCGGAGUGGCAAAAAGCCAUGAGAGUCGCCAGUUUUGUUUGAGGGGCUUUUUUAUUUUCAUCCUGGUUUUGGAAAAGGAGCCCGGUGCUGCUGCCCCGAGGAUAGCCGAGGACCUAUUUGCCGCGCCUGGGCUAAACUUGCACAGAAAGCGGGAGCUGGCUUCAUCGUUCCGUGGAAAAAAAGAAAAGGCAAACGGGAUUUUGGCUGAAACAUCUUCUCAUUUAUUUGGAUUUUCUUUCUUUAUUUCGUCUCCACCCUGGCCGCAGAGGGGAUUUACCUAAAGUGAAAGGACGACCAGGGAGUGAGGAGGGUUAUGGCGCAACGGUACGAAGACUUGCCCCACUACGGGAUGGACGGUGUGGGCAUCCCGACCACCAUGUACGGAGACCCGCACGGCGCCCGGUCCAUGCAGGCGGUUCACCUCAACCACGGUCCCCAGAUGCACACUCACCAGUACCCGCACACCGCCCACACCAACACCAUGCCUCCUAGUAUGGGCUCCUCCGUUAACGACGCUCUCAAGAGAGAUAAAGACGCUAUAUACGGGCACCCCCUGUUCCCCUUGCUUGCACUGAUUUUUGAGAAAUGUGAAUUAGCGACUUGCACCCCCAGAGAGCCCGGGGUGGCGGGAGGAGACGUUUGUUCAUCGGAAUCUUUCAAUGAAGACAUAGCAGUGUUUGCAAAACAGAUUCGGGCAGAAAAACCUUUAUUUUCAUCGAAUCCAGAAUUGGAUAAUCUGAUGAUUCAAGCCAUUCAAGUUUUACGAUUUCAUCUUCUGGAGCUGGAGAAGGUGCACGAGCUGUGUGAUAAUUUCUGUCACCGGUACAUCAGCUGCUUGAAAGGCAAGAUGCCCAUCGACUUGGUCAUAGACGACAGGGAGGGCGGUUCCAAAUCAGACAGCGAGGAAAUCACGAGAUCGGUGGCCCUUGAUCAGACGUCCUGGAACAGAGAUCACGAUGACACGGCGUCCACACGCUCUGGAGGCACGCCGGGACCAUCCAGCGGGGGACACACAUCGCACAGUGGUGACAACAGCAGCGAACAAGGUGAUGGUCUGGACAACAGUGUGGCUUCGCCGAGCACAGGGGAUGACGAUGACCCGGAUAAAGAAAAGAAACACAACAAGAAGAGAGGGAUUUUCCCUAAGGUGGCCACCAACAUUAUGAGAGCAUGGCUCUUCCAGCACCUAACGCAUCCCUACCCAUCGGAAGAACAGAAGAAACAGCUGGCGCAGGACACAGGACUCACGAUCCUACAAGUGAACAACUGGUUCAUUAAUGCGAGGAGGAGAAUAGUGCAGCCCAUGAUCGACCAGUCAAACCGUGCAGUAAGUCAAGGAGCUCCCUACAAUCCAGAUGGCCAGCCGAUGGGGGGUUUCGUCAUGGACGGCCAGCAGCACAUGGGAAUCAGACCACCUGGACCAAUGGGUGGAAUGGGCAUGAACAUGGGCAUGGAAGGUCAGUGGCACUACAUGUAGCCCUACUCCAGUGCGACCAAUCACAACACACAGGGGGAUACGCGCAGGGCAAACCAGGGGAUCUUGUGUCUCACAGAGGCCUAUAGAGCUAUGGAGGGGGACUUCCGGACUUCCUGAUGGGGACAACAAAUGGCAAUCCCUCUGUUCACCUCCAAGAUCCAACACAUUUUAUUUGGCUGGUAUUUGCAGCAUGGGAACUUCCAUGACUGCCAACAAUCCUCGUCUAUAUAUCUAGCAAAGGUGAUACAUAGAAAACCAAACUUCACUCCAGUCAGAUGAACCCCUGUCCUGACAGACUCCUGCUUCUUCUCUGGAGGGCACCAGACCUCGCCCACCCUGCUGCUGCCCACCCAGUUAACAUGGAUUCCUCCAUUAAAGUGAUUGUGAUUGCAAACAUACAUGACCCACAAGACAUGCUGGGCUAUUUGCCUGUACCCUUGGUGAAUGUGGCACCUGUUGAUUUAGUCUUGACUCUUUGGCAAACAAAAGAGACUUCCUGUGAGGAGCACUCCACUCUUUGGGACGAUGGAAUUGGACCAAAGAGAAGCCAAUGUCUGUAUCUGAUAAGACACUAACAAAGCAAAAGAGGUGCCCUUUAAAUAAUAUAGUGGAUUGAAACCUGGAAGGAGGGAAAGCAAGAGAAAUGAAAUUAAAAGUAUAACUAUAUCAACCCCUAGUAUGGGAAGCAAGUGGAGAAAGAAAAUAUACUGUAUACUGUUGUAAAAUUACGCUGGACUCUCACAAGAACUGGGAAUUUAAGUAUUGUAAAUGCUAUUGUAUUGUUCUGCAUAUUAUGUUGUUUCUAAUAGAUUUUUUUAAAAAAGGAUGUGAACUUUUUUCUCUUUUUUUUUCUGUUUUUUUCUGUUUCUUUUCCACACUGUGUGUGAGCGCCGUCUCUCCAUCAAAUUUGACCUCCUGUCCCCUCUCCCUACUCAAUCACACUGCAUUUUUAAAAGCAAAAAGUAAAUAAAUGAACAAUUCGAUCAAUCCGUCA